AUGACGGAGCAGCACCGCUGGGAAUGCGAGCUUGGGCUCCCUUUAGCUGCCCCGCAGUCUGCCGAAUUUUCCUACAAAAACUCCCCGCGUGCCAUGCUAUGGCGCGGUCUCCGCUGCCUUUGCGGGGCCUUGAGCUGCAGCUCUCUGCUGGCCUUGCGCCACGAAGCCGGCCACGCGGACGUGGACCCAGCGAAGUACAAGGCGUGGCACCUCACGACCGGGGACCUCCAGGCCCUGAUCGCCACGCACGUGCGGAUGAACCAGACAGAGAUGCCCGUCAGUGACGAGGCCUCCCUCCAAGGGUGGCUGGCACAGGUCUCCCAGGUCAGGCCACUGCCGGAACUGAAAGAUGGGCUGUCACCCACAUGCCAGACGCAGGUGGGGAUCCUCCUACACGAGCUCCGAGACCACUGCCCGGAAAGUGUGCCUGAGCAACUUGAGGAGUUCUCGGGCGCAAUGCACUGGUAUCGAAGCGGAAUGAACUGCUCCCAGAGCGUUCAAGACGUACUCGUUCAUGGCCGGGACUUUCUCCGGGCCGUACAGGUCCCUACUCGGACCACGGUCCCGGAAGAGUUCCCGGAGGAUCUCGUGGCCCUGGUAGGCCGCUGGCUUUUCAUGGAGCGGUGGAUGGUGCCGCUUGCCACCGCUUCGAAGCACGCGCUCCUGUGGGCCGGAUUUUGGGAGGCUGAGCCAACUGGGCGAGCUAGCAUCAGCAAGCUCAACCACUUUGCAGAGCUGAUGGAUCACCAGACGAUCCACCCCAACACAGCGCUCGGGCGCAUCAUCGAAGACAGCGGCCAGGUCAGCGAGUGUUACGGCAAGAGCCGGGACAACCUGACUGUGCAGUUAGCUGACAACCUGUGGUCCAUUGCGAGCAUGUCCUUUGUCCUCGGCAUGAAGCAGAGCGGCCAGGGAACUGUCGUGGCAGUGGUGAAUAAGGAGAUGGAUGGGGCCCAUGCACUAAAGGCCUCGGUUCUGGCCCAGUACGAGAUCCCGACCAUUGGGAUGGCAUCGUGGGGCAUGGGUUGGAACCCCCACAUAAUCCUCAUCGAUCUUCGAGGCACUUGCGAUGACACCAGUGCUUUUCUCAUUGAACGACUGGCAGCAGGCUUGGGCAGGGCAUGGGGAGAGUAUGAACUCUAUCAGAGCUUUACUACUGAAGACUUCGCCAAGCUCGCGAGCCCUUCCUGGAGUUGCAUCGACUGCAGCGCUCACAGCGGCUGCGAGCUAGACGACCUGGCAGAGGUCCUGCGCCCGGUUGUUGAGGCAAAGCGCCUCCGCGACAAGGUCGAGGAGGAGCUGCGCUUUGCCGUCAAGCGUCGCAACAUCCGGUUGAUGAAGCAGUUGCUGGCCAUCGUCGGGGGCGCAGCCCCGGACGUGAACGCUCGGAGCACAUAUGGAAAGGCUCAGGGUUGGCCACUCUACUACGCCGUGCAGAAAGGAUACCUGGAGGAGGCGAAGCUACUGUUGGCCCACGGCGCAGUCCUCGACCUCAAGGACAUGUCAGGCAGGCAGGUGCUCCACAUCGCGGCAGAAAGAGGCAACGCAGAGAUGGUGGGCCUGCUGUUGGCCCAUGGUGCAGACCCCCAUGCGCUGGACGCAGAGGGGCUCACGCCGCUUGAGCAGGCCGGCAAUGAGAGGGUAAAGGAUCUGCUCCGCGAGGCUUCGAGGCCAUCCGACCCUUGA